CAGUUGGCGGCAGCGGCGGCGGUGACAGGUGAGGCGACGACAGAGUCUCCGGUACUUCUCUGGUGCUGUUUACUAUGGAGGAAGGAGAGGGAGGCUUGGUCAGGGAAGCCCCCGAGGAAAAAGCCAAUGUGGAUGCACAGAAUGACCUUCCUCUUUUGACUGAUGAGAGAUUUGACUUUGACCUCUCACUGUCUUCAUCCAGUGCCAAUGAGGAUGACGAGGUUUUCUUUGGGCCGAUUGGGCACCGGGAGCGGUGCGUGGCUGCUGGCCUGGAGCUGCAGGGCCUGGUCCCCAAGGAGACAGAACAGCCACUCACAUGGAGCCCUCCGGCCGGAGAGAAGUUUGUGGAAAUCUUCAAGGAGGCACGCUUGCUGGCCCUGCGGAUAGCGAGCAGCGGCAAGAAGGUGGCACCCAGAGCUCGCGAGCCUGAGGCACCACCAGUGCUAGAGUCGGGGGAAGAGUUUGUGCAGGAGGCCAGGCUGAAGGUGGACAUCUUUGAGCGAGGACUGCAGGUGCAGAGAAGCACCCCAGCUCUCAAAAGGGACACCUACUGUGUGCUGACCCCGGAGGUGGCCCCA